AGGGGGCGCUGAGGGGCUGAUCGUUGUGUGCUACACCACUAAAUGGGAAAGAAGAAGACAGCCAUUGAACCACAUGAGGAAAUCGCACAUACAUAUUGAUCAUCUCAAAACACGUUCAGUGAAUGGAGAACUUUGUGUGUAUUUUUGUCUUGUAAAUGUAUUUUAUCCUGCCGAUUGAUACCAACUCAACAUGUGCCAGGUCGACGAAGAAUACAAUGGUCUGCUGGAGAGCCCAGUGGCUUCCAGCGCAACCAAAAAGUGUAAUAAGUGCAAGGAGACCACAGCAGCGCUGGUCCUGAAGCCAGGAGAAAGCCUAUGCAGGGGCUGCUUCAAGGAACACUUUGUACACAAGUUCAGAGCGAUGCUUGGCAAGAACAGGAUCAUCUUUCCUGGGGAAAAGGUGCUUCUGGCUGUGUCUGGAGGUUCCUCAUCCUGUGCAAUGCUCAAUCAAGUUCAGGAGGGUCUGGGUCAAAAUGCUCACAAGAAGCUGAGAUUCAAGCCUGGAAUUGUUUACAUUGAUGAGGGCUGUCUGCUCGGCCAGUCAACAGAGAAAAGGCAGAAGACCAUGGCACAAAUCAACUCUUUGUUUAAAAUGACCGGCUUUCCUCAUCACAUCAUACCACUAGAAAUGGUCCUUAACCUUCCUCCUUCAGUAUUGGAACCAGUGCAUUUGGCAACGGAUGACCCAGCUGGUAGUUAUAAAGAGGCUGUGGAUCACUUCAUGCAGAGCAGUCCCGUCCACUCUGUGGACCCCCGAGUGGACCGGUCAGAGCUCAGUGCUCUGACUGAUGCGACAAAUCCUCAGCUCAUUGCUGAGGCUCAAACUCAAACACUGCAGGAGUUGUUUUCCAGAGUGAAGACUCUUACAGCUAAAGAAGACCUGCUGCACACAUUAAGACGGCACCUGCUUGUCUCAACGGCUCGUACUGAAGGUUACAGCAAACUGAUGUUAGGCGAAAACUGUACCAGACUGGCUGUCAAACUUUUGGCUAAUAUAGCCCUGGGACGAGGAGCGCAGCUGGCUGUUGACACUGCUUUCUGUGAUCCCAGAUACGGGGACAUCGUCGCAGUCAAACCGAUGCGGGACUAUACUGCCAAAGAAAUCUCUUUGUACAACUACAUGUGGAAUGUGCCCUAUGUCUUCAUACCCAGCUUAGAAACAAAGACUGCGGACAAGUCAAGCAUCCAGCGACUUACAGAAAGCUUUGUUGUGAAGCUCCAGGUGGACUUUCCUUCCACAGUCAGCACCAUUUACAGGACGGGUGAGAAGCUUCAAACUGCCAGUGUCACUGAAGACAUAGAAAGGGCCCCUCUGAAGUGCCUCUUCUGUAUGUGCACCUUGGAUACGGCUCUGGGUGAGACCUCAGCUUUCCAGGCCACACUUAUCUCUGAGCAGCUUUCCAAUGUGGGGACAACUCCGAUGCAGGCUUCCCUUAGACCCGACACUCAAACAAAAUGUGGCGCUCCUUGUGAUCAGCAAGAUGGAGAAGAGCAUUGUCAAGCACAGGCAGUUUGCUGCUCUCAUAAGGGAGGAGAUUCUAUGAAUCUUGAAAGCUUACUGUGUUACAGUUGUCAACAGACUGUCAAAGAUAUGACAUCAGUGGAGUUUCUUCCUCAAUACAUCAUGUCUGAGGCCCAGAGGAGGAAUAGAAGGUCAGAAAAAAAAUCUCAGAUUAGACAUGAGAUCAGCGAGUUCCUGCUGACUGAAGACGGCGACUCCCCAAGCAUCAAAGCUGAUUCUUAAUCCCUGGAGUGGCAUACCUGAAUGGGAACAAAACAAAAAAAAAUGUUUUGGUCACUUUGUUAUUGUCAUUUAGUAUACAUUUAGAAAUGACUGAUCUUCCUUUGUAUUUCAAUCCUAUUAAGAUUAAUCUUGUAUUGAUAUUUGUUUCUUUGUGAACAAUAAAGCUUAUAUUUUCACUCAC